GAGGUAAAGGGCCAGUGUCAGGUGCAUCUUUAACUUCAUUUAUUUAUGUGUCUGUUCGCCAUAGGCUGUCUUAGUCUCAGUUUCCUUUGUACAGGAAACACUGUCUAAGUUGCGGCCCCUAUUUAUGAACCAGACUAAAAGUUUCAACUUACUUUAAGAGUGAUCUGGUCAUUCCAAUUCUUUCAGGUCAAUUCACUUUGUUCUAGAAUCAGGGCAAUCACAAAAAUGGCUCCUCUCCGCUUGCACAUCGAAGGCCAUAAGUUUCGAGAUCCAUACAAUCGUGAAAUCACCUUAAGAGGUAUUAACGUCGCCGGUGACGCGAAGUACCCGAAGAAUCCGGAUGUUCCAUCGCAUAUCGCAGACGGCUUUCUGGACGCCGAUAAUGUCUCGUUUGUCGGUCGACCAUUUAGCUUAGAGGACGCUCCGAUACAUUUUGGCAGGUUGCGGAAAUGGGGUUAUAAUACAAUUCGAUAUAUUUUUACUUGGGAGGCCAUCGAGCACUCGGGGCCAGGGAAAUAUGAUGAUGAAUGGAUCGCUUAUACCAUCGAAGUCCUGCGCAUCGCUAAGCAGUACAAUUUCUACGUGUUUAUGGACCCUCAUCAGGAUGUUUGGUCGCGGUUCUCUGGUGGCUCUGGCGCUCCAUUAUGGACAUUAUAUGCGGCCGGCCUCAACCCCGAAAACUUCAACAAGACUCAAGCAGCUUUGGUCCAGAAUACGUGGCCUAACCCUUCAGAGUUCCCAAAGAUGAUCUGGAGUACGAAUUAUACGCGCCUCGUCUGCCAGACCGUAUUCACAUUAUUUUGGGCAGGUCGGGACUUUGCGCCCAAGGCAAUUAUCGAUGGACGAAAUAUUCAGGACUACUUGCAAGAACACUUUAUUGCAGCUUGUAAACAUCUUGCUCAAAAGAUCCACGAGGCCGGUGACUUAGAGGAUGAAGUUGUCAUUGGAUGGGAGUCUAUCAAUGAGCCAAAUCGGGGAUUGGUAGGAUAUCAGGACAUCAACGUAAUUCCUCCUGAACAGCAACUCCAGUUGGGAACGUCACCGACAGCAUUUCAAGCCAUUCUGGCCGGGUCUGGCCGCGCCUGUGAAAUGAGUACAUGGGCUUUUGGUAGUUUUGGCCCUUACGAGACAGGAAAAGAGUUGGUUGAUCCCGAAGGCGAAUCUGCAUGGUUACCAGCUGACUUUGAUGAUAACAAAUACGGUUGGAAGAGAGACCCCAAUUGGAAACUUGGGACAUGUAUAUGGGCACAGCACGGCGUUUGGGAUCCCAACACAGACGAAUUAUUGCAGGGGGACUACUUCUCUAAGGACCCUAAAACAGGAGAACCACUGAAUUACGACGUUUUCACCAACACAUAUUAUAUGGAUCACUACAGAGCGUAUCGAGACGCCAUUCGAAGUGUGCACCCUGAUUGUAUCCUCUUGAACCAGCCUCCCGUCAUGGAGGUGCCUCCAAAGCUUAAAGGCACGGAGGAUGACGAUCCCAACAUGGUACAUGCCGCUCACUAUUAUGACGGUCUAACUCUACUCACAAAGCAUUGGAAUCGUAUGUACAACGUCGACGUGAUUGGCGUUCUCCGCGGCAAGUACUGGACACCAGCGUUUGCCGUCAAAAUCGGGGAGACCGCUAUUCGAAACUGUCUUCGCAAUCAGCUCAAGUACCUUCGAGACGAAAGUUUCAAGUGUUUGGGAGACCAUCCUAUGCUUUUUACUGAAAUAGGAAUUCCUUAUGAUAUGGACGACAAGACCGCAUAUAAGACGGGUGACUACAGCAGUCAGAUAAGCGCAAUGGAUGCAAACCACUUUGCUUUGGAAGGUAGUGGAUCGAAUGGGUACACAUUAUGGGCGUAUAUGACUCAGAAUGAUCAUGAAUGGGGAGAUCAAUGGAACGGAGAGGAUCUUUCCAUAUACUCUAAGGACGACCUUGAACUUCCCGGCAUCGGUUCAACUUCCUUGAAUGGAUCUACAUUGACGCUGGACCGAAACUCGCCGUCGUUCUCUCAGAGCAGCAGCUCAAUUGACAAUGGUAAAAUAAACCAUCUCAAUAUCAAGAAUGCCAUAGAAUAUCCAUCUAUCUCUCACCAAUCGUCUAACAUAUCUUCUGAACCAGAAGGAAAGCCGGGGUUUCGAGCAAGCGAGGCAUAUAUCCGUCCUAGUGCUAUCUACACCAGCGGUGACCUUCUAUCUCAUGGCUUCGAUCUUAAGAACUGCAAGUUUACGCUGUCACUAUAUGGUGAGAAGCCCACUAACCAGGAAGCUCCCACUGAGAUCUAUUUGCCUGAAUUUCACUUCCCUGCUUCGGAAAUCGACGUUACUGUGAGCGGAGGAAAGUGGACGGUCGAGACACGUGAAGAGGCUUCCUAUACGAUACAGAUUCUCAAAUGGUGGCACGGCGAAGGAGAUCAAGACAUCAAAAUCCAAGGUGUCAAGCGCAAAGCUAGCAGUCUCGUCAUCAGUCCUGAGGAUGAUACUUACCUGGAACAGUGUCAACAGAACUGCUCUGUGAUGUAGAUGAUCUUAUUUUUUUCUUCUUUUUACUUUCGGGCUUGGCCAUGGCGCAUUUUGCUAGCAUUUUAUAUGAUAUUUAUGCCUGUUACGCAAGCAAUUGACUUUGAAUAUGG